AUGCACACGAUGGACCUUUGGGCGAAGGAAGGGACUGUGAAUCGGAUGUACGAAUCUAGGAUCAUACUUCCUCAGGGUGCUUCCAGAGAUCGUAGAAGGGAUGCGUGUUCACAUCUUUACCAACAGGUAACGGCUGACGAGCACCCUGGCACCGGCGAACUCUGCGGCUUGCCACAAACUUCAGUCAUGCGAGAACCUGAUGAUAUUAAUGGAGUUCUAUGCGACAAAGAGCAACCGCUAUCUCCGUUUCCAGUUAAAAUCCAGAAUUUUCCAUGCGUUCAGAUGGGAUUCCGAUGUUUAAAGGAGAGUACCCGCUCAGGCUGA